AUGGAGAAAGCGAUCUUUGCAUUAAAAUUUGAACAAAUCAAAGCAGCAUACAAAAAAAUGAAAGAGGAGGGGAGUGCUGCUGAAGUGGUUAGAUUAACAAUCGAGAAUGCCAUACACCGGAAAGCAUUUGAGAUUGCACAGUGUGCGAAUAGUGAGCAAGAAAAUCUUCUGAGGCAGCUGCUAGCGGUUACAUUCCAAGCUGCUAAAGAAGAUUUUUGUGCAAAAGGAACAACAGUUACUGUUGUACAAGAUGUAUUCGAUGUCAGCUCGGUCAAACGUUGUGAAGAACUUUUUGUCAUUGUUGAAGACAAUCUACCACAAUGGAAAAUGAGUAUUUUUUACGAGCCUUGCAAAAAUAUGAUAUUACGGAUGUGUAAUGAUUUGCUGAAGCGCCUUUCACGAACGGUGGAUACGAUAUUUUGUGGCCGUAUUCUAGUUUUAUUAGCACAUGCGUUACCGUUGUGUGAAAAAUCUGGCUUAAAUCUUGUUAGCCAUUUUAAUCUGGGCAAUGUUACGAAAUAUGACAUGGCCGAUUCGUGUCUUGGUGUGGACGCAAAUUUAACGGAGGACAGCGACGUUAUGGAAGUGGGCGAAAUAAGUGAACGGGAAAUUCCAGUUGACUAUACACUUUACGCGAAAUUUUGGCAGUUGCAGUCUUUCUUCUCUUCGCCAGCAACAUGUUUUGAAAAAUCGAAGUGGCGAACUUUUCAGCAGAACACAACUGAGGUGCUCAACAUAUUUUCAAGUCAUAAACUGGAAAACUGUAUAGCCCUUGGAGAAGGCUCAAAAAGAGAACGUUUGAAGCAGGAAAAUUCAAAUGAUGAAAUUCCUGUGAUUCCAUCGACCUCGAAAGCUGAUGGAGAUGAAGACAAUUAUUUCGCGAAGUAUUUGACUAGUCAGAAGCUUUUACAAUUACAAUUGAAUGAUUCUCAGUUUCGACGUUACUUCCUCGUGCAGUGCCUAAUUCUAUAUCAGUAUUUAAUAUCCGAUAUCAAAUUCAAGGACAGAUCUUUUACUCUGAAUGAUGAACAGUUACGAUUUAUUAUUGAGUCCACUGAGCGGUGCUUUCGAUUACUACGUGAGACGCAUCCAAAAGGACCGCAUUUUGCUGAUGCUAUGAAAGUUAUUCUUCAUCGUGAAAAGGAAUGGUCUGAAUGGAAGAACAAAGGCUGUCUUGAUUAUACUCAGCUAGCAGAUAAAGAAAAACCGAGUGUUUUCAAAAAGCGUCCUAGAAAUAGAUAUGACCCCUCAAAACUUGAUCUCGGCAAUCCAGAGCUAACAAAGCUGUGGAAUAUUAAUCCGGAUAUGUUAUCAGCUUGUGAAGACUCGAGAAGAAAUUUUAUGCCGAAGUUAGCUACAUUUCUUGAAAAUCCUCUCAUUGAACUUGAUCCAGAACAGCUAGUUGAAGAGCAAUACAGAUCGGUGAACAAUGAAUCAUUUCAGUGGAGGGCAUCACGACUUCUGAUGUCUCAGAGCACGUCGUAUUUCCAAACACCAUCAAAGAGGAAUGAAGUAACAACAAAUUUGGCACCGUUUUUGGAAGAAGUAAUCAAGCACACUGCAACUAACUUCCCGGAGUUGAAAGAUCGCAUUCCAGGUUUUACAGAUGAUAAAAAAGGUCUCAAAGGAACUAUGAAUAAUACUAGUAGCUGUGUUUUAUCGCCUCAUCACAAUGGAAAAGAACAUACUGAACCGUCUGCUGCUCUAACUGAUUCACAUAUUGAACAGCUGGCACCGUUACUAGCAAACAAUUGGUCAACGUUAGCAGAUGUAAUGAAUGUCAACAAAGAAAGAAAUGACGCAAAAGAAGAGCCAAUGAAAGUAGCACAAAGAAUAUUAACAGCCUGGAGGCAGAAAGAGGGAAAAGCGGCAACAGUUAAACGGAUUAGUAGUGUUUUAUUGAUGGCUGAGUUAUUCAGUGAACAAGUUGGACAAGUCUUUAGAGGGAAUACACCAAAAAGGAUUUCGGCAUGA